UGGAUCUCUCACAAACACACGAGAACCUUGUCGAGAUGAUGUCUUGAAGGAACUGUUUUUUUUUUUUGUUUUGUUUGUUUUGUUUUUUUUUUUUUGUUUGUUUUGUUUUGUUGUUUUUUCAUUUGUAAACCUCAGACUAAAUUUAAUGAAACUAACUGUUUAAAUUCGUAUAAUCUUUUGUCUUUCUGUCAAUUGGGCUGUCUAAAAUGUUGAUGUAUUGGCCGCAAAUGUAAGUAGCCUAGGUAUUUUGUAUGUUUAACCUGCCUGAACUACAUUAUCUCCCGUUAUACACUGAUUAUUUGUGGCUGAUUCUAUCUGGAGGUGAAAAACUCAAUAAUAAUGUGGACCGGGUCUGCACUCAUGUUGCUAAUCGGCUUAGCUGUGAUCAAAGUUCACUCUGCUUACAAAGAUGAGCUGUGUCCUCGAAAAGGGUUUACAGUGUUACAACAUCAUGGCAACAAAGUUUUAUAAUUGGCUAUAACUUUACACAGAAAAGAGCCCCCUCCUGGAGUUUUGGUAUUGAAGUUGGGAAGCAAUGUUGUGCUUGGCUGCAGGGGUGAUGUCACUGUGGAUGAUGUGCCAUUGGUUUUGGCCACUGUAAUGAAUAAAAAACACAGAAAUGGGUGGAAAGAAGACAUAAAUGUCAGCUGGUCAACCCAAAGAGAAAAAGUAUUCACUGGUGUUAAUGCUACACAUCAGACCAAUAUCAAGGGAGUUUCUACAACUGGAACACACCAAAAGAUAGCUGAUUCAAGUAAAUGUACCAAAGCUAAAGAGGACACGAUGAUCACUGUUAAACCCCCAGUAUCCAUGAGGGAGGAACAAACCACUUCAAGGCGUGUUUCACGUGCUGUCAAUCAACCCGCCCAGUCAGAGAGAUCAGAUGGAACCGGAUCAGAAGAACACGCAUUUCCUGUUACCAUGGGGACAGAAAACUUUUCUGAGGAUGAUGAAUAUGAGGACUAUUAUGAAGAGGAAGGGUCCAGAGUGACAAGAAGCAUCAAAAAGCGAACACACUGGACCCUGAAUGGUCGACAAGUACGUGUGGGAGUGGAAAGGGGAGGGAUUUUAAAACUUCCUAAUCUCAGCUUGGCCAAUGGUGGUAAUUACAGUUGCUACAGAGGAGAGAGACUGAUUUCAUCUGUCAAAAUCAGUGUUGGGGUGCCCCCAGAGAGACCUACUGUCUCAUGCUACAGGAAGUCUCACACAAGCAAGGUCCGCUGUGACUGGUCAUCAAAACAACCAAUAACCCCACGACCACUGUGUUAUUUACUUCUUAGAAGAGGAUUCUUUGGUAAUGUCACACAUGUGCCUUGUUUAUUCUCCCAUUCGCGGUGUUGGUGUGCUUUUUCUGUGGAGGAGGGUGACAAAACUCUUCAUGUGGCAAAACUGUGUGUGAAGAACAUAGCAGGCAAUACCACCAGCCAAGCAAUCAAAUUCAAGCUACAGGACAUCAUUAAGCCAGAUCACCCAACCAAAGUUGUGGUGAGAGCAGUUGAGGGCCAGAAAAACACACUUCAAGUGUCCUGGACUUAUCCCAGUAACUGGAAGCAUGGCUACUAUAACCUGCAUUUCCAGAUAAGAUACCGACCACAACAGGCACAGAAGUACCAGACCGUGUUGGUGGAUGAAAGUUUGGACAGACUGCUGUCCUGGAUGAUUUUCGAUGCUCUGCCAGAUACUCAGUAUGAGGUGCAGCUUCGUGCCAAGGAUGAAUUUGACGGCAUCUGGAGUGACUGGACCGACCCUGUCUUUGCACUCACUUGGUCAGCUCCUGAGACUACUACUGCCCCUGAAAGCAGCACUUUGGAACCCUUCGAGAUGUUUCCUGAAGGCUCAGGUGGAUCUGGAGAUGACCGUGAUAUAGUGGUAAUAGCUAGAGCUGCUGAUAAUGAAAAUGCUUCAAUGAGGCUGCAUGUGUCAUGGGUUUUUGGACUGUGUUUUCCUGUAGGCCUCACCAUGCUCUCAGUCUGUCUCUUCAGGAUACAUUUGGUUGUUAGAAUGGGAAAGCAGAUUUUGCCCUUUUCUUCCCUCCCUCAUUCCUCUCCCCCUCCCCCUCGUCCUCCCCUUGCACUCUCUGAACAGCUUCCAGAGGAGGGAAAGUCUCUGAUGUCUCCUUCCGAGCACAGCCAGCAUCACUUCCUUCCUGUUCAGCAAAAGGAAGAGGAGGGCAUUCACCUGGAUAACAUGGACUAUUUCCUGUCUCAAGGGGUUGAGGGUGUGCCAUGGAUUGUCGGCUCUUCUACACAAGAGACAUGAGUAUACAAGCAAAACCUUUCUGUAGUGAAUACACUGUGAUUCAAUAAGGACUAAGAAGGAUCUCAGCCUUUUGCUCUUUAACACAUUAUAUCACAGUGUUAUUACUUUGUAAGUAUUGUAUUUUGUAAGUACAGUAUUAUUACUUUGUAAAAAAAAAAAAAAAAAAAAAUGUGAUGCUGAGAGUUAAUGUAUAGACAAAGCAACUCUCACAGCCAACUCUGAUCUGUUGUGUUAUUGAUCAUUUUUGACUACUAUCAAAACAAUUUCUACAUGUUUGCCUUUUGUUGACCAUUGCAGUCUCAUAUGUGAAGCACUUUUUUUAUGUUCCUCUGAAUAAGAGUGUCUUCUAAAAUGCCUUUAAAUGAAAAUAAGCUUUUUUAAUUAUAUGUGGAGAAUUCUACCUAAAAUAAAAAUCACCUAUAUAUAGCCUUGCGGACAACUGAUUAGAGGUGACCAAGUGGAGAAUAACUGAGAUCCCUUUCAUCAUUAUGUAUAACAGUAACAAUAUGCCACUCUACUCCACGGAAACUCAACUACCAGUGUUUUGCUUGUGCUUUUUAUAAAAAAUGUAUGAAAAUUACAAAGAACAAUGCAUGA